AGCACACAGUCCGGAUUUCGUGGUCCGUGAUAGAUUCUGGAAAUAAUCGUCACUCGUCUUGGUGAUUUUAUUGGAUCAGUCAACACAGCACCAAGGGUUUUUCUCGCUGAGGUUUUGUUUGAGCCACGAACUUUCGAAACACAGUCGACCAAUUUCCUAAACCCUGCGGCACCAUCCAUUGUCGGUUUUUUUCUCUGCUUUCCGUUCUCUGUAUGCUCAACAGACAUAUCAAUUUGCGAGUAGAAAAGUCCGCCAAUGCUCUCCACACAGUUCCGUCGACGUCCCGUGGGAGGUUGCCUGUUGACCGAGGGCCACACUCCGCUGGCCGUUUUCUUCCAGGUGCGAACGAGAAAGGGGAAGCGAAAAAAACGAGAGCGCAUGGCAGACCGGCCAGCUGAACUCAAGGAAAUGCAGCGCGAGGACAAGCAAGGCCCAGUGCGCUUGGAGGACCGCGUCGCCCGUGGCCCGCUAUCCGAAUGGCGAUUCAUUUGAAUCUUCUUCAGCGGUCAAAUCUGUCGCGACAUGUCAUCAGUUCUUUGGCGUCUGCGGUACAAGUACCGUGGAUCAUCCGAUAUAUAGUAGCAAGCCAUUUCUUUGUCAAUCAUUGCUCUGGUGGUAAGUACACAACCUGAAGAACCCCCGAGAGACAAUGUGACCGUGUGAACAAGAUUUAAAGUUUUUGCCAUGAUAUCCGGAAGGUCCAUACUCCAUCGCGCGCAACAUAAAUCAGUACCUCGAUCGUCUCUGCGGCGAAGAGGGCCAGGAAUUUCAGUAUUGAGCUGUGAUGUUAUGGAUAUGCGACGGAUGAGCGUAGUCUUAUGUGAAUCACGAACACGAUUUUUAAUACAUUUUUGUUUCCCGCCGGAGAUGUUUAGGCAUGGAAGAAGUGAAAAAGUUUUUGAGUUUUAGAAUUUUCUCCUUGUAAGUGAGUAUGCUCGGAUCAGUUCUUCGGGAGAAAAAAUAACACGAGCGCUUGACUUCUUCAACGCAGCUAUCGGCGGUCAAAGGACUUCUGUAUCCGACACAAGCACCGGAUGCUGCGCUUUGCCGGAAUGACGCACGAUUUCGCAGACGUUUCGCACUUGGAGAAACCGACGCUGACGAACCUCGAAGCGCUUUAUCAGGUGGCGAGCAACGCACUCCGAGAAGCAAAAAUCUCAGCUGUUUCUUGGUGCAUGUGCAUACGGGGGUAACAAACUAGCAUUUUCUGGCAUGAUAGAGUAAGACUCGUUCGGUUCUUAUUUCUACAGCAUUGUUGUAAGAACAAUCAAAGUCAAAUACGGAGGAGCAAGCGAUGAGGGUGGAGUUGCUUAAGUAUUUCCCUGUUCCAUACCCCGCAGCAGCAAGCAACGCUCCCCCAGUCUGCAGAGGAGUCGAGGUUUCCCUUUCCGCACCUACUCAGCUACAAGGUGUACUGGUCCCACGACGCGUCGCCGGACCCGACACCCAACGCGUACGAUGCCGAUAGCGUGAGCAGUGUGCGGGUGACGUUUGACGCUAACGAUCUGCCGAAGCUGACGCCCACGGAAAAGGAGCGCGCGGCGGACAUCGCAGGGCCGCACUGCGUCAGCGUACAGGAACAACAGUGGCUCGUGCGUGUCGGUGUCCAGGACGACAGCACGCAGCGGCGGGAGAGUACUGCGAUGACCGAUGCUGGUGCCGGUGACCCAGAAGUAGAAGCUGUGCUCGACGUUGCCGGAAAUCGUGACUUCCGCGAGCCAGGAGUUGCCGACGAGGCGGCAGGGCAGGAUCGUGGAGAAGAUUCGCGAAAAGCAGUAGAGCAUGCAAGUGAGUCUUCAGAUCCUCCUGGGGCUGGCGAUGGAGGCGAGCUGGUGGAGGAUUCUUUUCGAAACAUUGCCGGGGAAGAACCACCAGCAGAACAUCUGGAUUCACAUUUGAAUAUUUCGGGUGAGCCCAAAAUCGAGGAGAAGCAUAGUACUGCUUCAUCAUCGGGAAGAACCAUCCACGUCACCGAGGAGGACCAGGAAGAGAUGAAACUGGCAGGUGACAAUGCAGCCCCUUCGAUCGGCUCCGGGGGCUCUGCAUCGACACACGACGUAUCAGAGGAAGAGACGCAAACAUCGGAGCUGAUGCGGCGGAGUAGUAGGCGAAAAACCAUAACCAGCAGGAGGACAACGACGAGGCACCUGAUGACGCACGUUCGAACAGAGCGGCGCACCUGCAUCUCCUUGGAGGUGGACUGUUUUGACCGGCGGAACCAGAAUGCCGCGCUGCUCGGAGAUCAGGUGGAGGCAUUGUUGAAGCUGCGUACAUUACUGCUGUGAAGAAAACUUUUGUCGUCGAUAUGUUGUCAGGGAUGAAGUCACAAUUGUUUUUCCUACUUACCGAGUUCGAGUUCAGAGAGAUCGACGAGGACAGAUGAGUAAGUAGCCGCUUUCUCCAGCGUGGAAAGCGGCAACUUGCACUGACUGGUAAAAAUUUACGAAUAUGACAAAAGUUUUCAUCAUGAUAAAGACCCCCAGAAGCGGUUCGGUCGAUAAUACAGUGACGACGAAAUAAGCGUCGAUCCCCCGCCGCCGGAAGACCAAUUUGAGGAGCGGAGGGCAGUUUGUGCGCUAUGCGUGCGUGCUGACAUUGAGAAUAUCGAUAGAGUCGUGUACUCCGACGUAUGUCUUUUGCGUCUCUGGCAUUGCAAAUAAUAAUGAUUUUUUAGGUUGAUAAACUCCUGGAUAAAAAAAAAUUGUCUG